CACAUGCGCUGCAGCUGACCGGGAGUCAGCGCUUAACAGGAGAAAGAAAUACGUCUGUUCCUGGAAACCUUACACGCCCUUUAAAAUUCCAUGUUGCUCUUGCGAAAAGGGAAGUGUGCUGUUGAACGUCGUGUAAAUUACUCGAGCGUAUUUGUUUUUUUCAGCCUUUGCUUUUAAGUUAUAUCGAACACAGUAAAACGGACUCGGAGAUAAUAGAAACGCAAGCAAAAAUGCUUUUUGGCUGGUAACUUUGUAACACUUUAGCGUCGGAAAAGACGGACACGAUGCGUUUUACCGUUCCCGCGAGUCAGAUCUUUUUUAUUCUGUUGUUCCACGCACUUUGUUCUGCAAAAAACAGUCUAGAACCAACAGAAACGGACUUCACGUGUUUUAAUGACUUUGAAAGCGCAAUGAAAUGCCAUCUUUCCUCUGAGAGCUGCUCUGAAUACAAGCUAAACGUCACCCAUUAUGCAGCAGGAGAGUCAAAUGAAUAUUCAUGCGUUUUUAAAGCUUAUGAGCGUGCCACUGACUGUGAAUGCAAGGUAGAAGUGCCAGGAUUCGUAAUGGGUGAGAACUUCAAUACUGCUCUUCUGAAAGGAGGGAAUGUCUUAUUCGUAAAAGUACUGGAAACUGGGAAGUUUCUUAAACCUAAAACUCCAGUCUUAAAAGUUCAGAAGACUGAAAACGGAAACUUUAAAGUAACUUGGGACGCAAAGUAUAAGAGGCCAAAAAAUUUUGUGGACGGGUUAAAAAUUAAACUGUAUGGAAUCAUAGGAAAAGGACAGAAGGAACCUCUAGAGGGGCUGAAUACUGUGGGAUUCAUUGAAAUUAUUAGUAGUAAUCUUGAUCCAAAAACCAAUUACAGUUUGACAGCAACCAUGAGCACGCACUACAAUAAUUAUAUGAUAGAAAGUGAUGAAAGUAAACCACUUGCGUUUACCACACCCUCAUCACCAAAUGAUAUACUGAAAAUAAUUCCAGUUGUUUGUGUUGCUUUGAUCACUCUUAUAUUCAUUAUUUUCAUCAUGACAUUCAGCAUCAAGAGAGUGUGGUGGGACAAGAUUUCCAAGCCCAAAAUUAAUUCUGACUUUGAUCCUGGACGGAAUAUCAACACGAUGAGUCCUUCCAUCGUGCCAAUCUCUCCUAUCCGGGCUGACAUCCUAAAAUCUGAUCUCAAUAAGGAAAAGAAAUGGACAUUGUCACCGGUAGAUACAAAGAGUGAAAAAAGUUCAACUAGUGUGGAUUCAGCCGCAGGGGAUUAUGGGGAGACAGGCACUGAUACCCGGGAAGAGGACAACAUAUGCACACGCACCGAGCGUGAGCUAAAAGAUGUGUUUGAAAGCAUUUGGUCUGCAAAGCUGAUACCAAUGUCAUCAACCUACAGUAAGGUACCCGUGGUGACUGAAAACCAUCUUGGUAGCAGUUCCCAAAGAGAACGCAACUGUUAUAACAGAGACUCUGGGAAUUGCUCUGGGUCAUCGUGUUUCAGCAACUUGGCUUAUGCUAAAUCACCAGCAUACAGCUAUGAACAACUGCCUUGUGAUACCGUUUAUGUGAAUGAGCCCACCAUUAACAGUGAUAACCACCCAGUCGGCUCAGACAUUGGCAAGACCCAGUCUGAUGACAAUACCGAUGAGAUGCUCACCAGGAACAAAUUUAUUGUCUCCAAAAAUCCAUUGUAUCCUACUCUCCAUGACAGCAACAUGAUUGUGUGCGAUAAUGAAUAUCAAGAUAAGGGUAUAAAACAGCAGUGGAACUCGACCACCAGUACUGUACUUGGCAACUGUGGAGCAAAGAAAGUUUGUCAGACGGGUGGCCACGCACCCUCCUUCCAGCCAUAUUGUUUUACUCUUCCUUUGCAUAUCAAACCCAACAUUGAAAUGGUUGAUUCAUAUCAUGCUGUUUAACUGCGCUGUACAAACAAACUGUGUUACGUGCUGGAAACAUGCUAUUUUUUUAUGGCUAUUAUGCUUCCAAUGUAUUACGAUGAAUCAUUUAUUUGAAUGUACAGUAUGACCUUUGAUAACAACCGUGCUGUUUCUAAUCCUUGUUUAGACACCAUGUAUUACUUUGACUUUUUCACAAUGUUUCAACUUUAAAACAAUUUGACAAUGUUCUCCUUUUUUCACAAAAAUGAACACAUACAUUUUGAAUGCAGAAUACCUUCAUCUAAGAUCAGAUGGAAGUGGUUGUUAGGGGAGAGUAUUUGAAAAUGGCAAAAAAAAGGCUUGUGACUGAUAAUGACUGUGUUUUCCAUUAAAUAGUACUUUAUGUAGUACUUCUUUAUUCAGAAUUUCAUGCUAACCACCGCAUUUCUGAAGAACUUAAAUAUUCACAAUAAAACCAAUGCAAAUGA